AUGCUGUCCGUCGCCCUCCGCCCUCCCGACCGGACCGCUUGGAUGAAUGAAGUGUGCAAUGGACCUGGGUGGCCUUUAACUCCCAACGAUUUGACCAUGCACUCCACGACCAUCAGGAACGAACAACGACCUCGCUCCCAACACUCCGAUGCCGUUUCUCCCGGCCCAUCCUCAGUCAAGCUUCGUCGACGAGCCUCGCAAGGUUCCCUCCGCACCAAACCAUCUCCGGUUUCCCGCUUUCUUUCCAAGGGCAGCGUGGCCGUUAAUUUCCCUUCGUGGGAACAACGCAACUCAGGUUCACCGCUUCGCAUUGAAUCUCGAACAAGGUCGAGCGAUUCUCGGUUGCGACUGUCGACCACAGUGUCUCGCGGGCCGAGACCACUAACGGCUUCCUCCACACAAUCCUCGCCUUGGAACUCACCAAAAUCGUAUCAGAGUGACUACCCCACUACAUUACCUCCCACACCACCAGAGGACGACAGUAACAUUGCCUGGGAUCCGAAGUCGGAUAUGCUGUUGUUUGAUGCUCAUUCUCACCACCGCCCGCCCAUGAUGGAUGAAGUUCCAGGCAUGAACGGAAUGAACACAUCACCUACCACUGGUCCCUCAGAUACACUAAGCAGUCCAUCUGACGGGUUAUCCCAUGGCUCGUCUAGCUCAAAUGGUAGCCCUGGCCCCUCGGAUGAGAUGGACUGCCAACAGGAUGUUGGCUCUUGGCUAGAUCACGGAAUUAAUGUCACUGUGUCGUCAUUGGCCAUGUCAAACCCACGAGCGGACGCCGUCAAAAUCGUCUCGCAAACCCUCCCAUACCCACGCACUUCCGACCAGUCCAUUUCCACACCCAGGACUGACAGCAUCUUCUCCUCCAUUGUUCAGGCUGUACACAACCACCUCCAGCCUGGCCAGUCACCAUAUAUCAACGUCACCCAUGCCGUUCCCGAACAAUUCAGUCUAUCCAACCUUCCUCAUUCUCCCCCAAGCACUCCUCGCUCUCCAACUGCUGCUGAAGACUACUUCAACGCCACCGUCUUCUCCAGCGCCGCAGUAGUAGGUGCCUACCACGACUUCCGUGGACCUCUCCAACGGCACCUCGCCCACGCUCCCAUGCCCGUUGUUCCUCCCCACAGCGUUCACAUUUCCGUCCUGGAGCGGUAUCUCCCACCACCGUCCGCCCAAGAAUAUCGUGAUGUCUUUUGUCACACCCGCCCCUCCUUCCUUGUCGAUCGUCUCAGUGAGCUAUCUCCGAACGGCGGCUCCCUUCUCUUCGUAUACCCGACCAAGAAAGGUGCAUCCACCUUCAAGUCACAAUAUCUUGGUCCCAUCCUCGAUCCCCUCCUGCGACAAUUGGUCGUAGUCAAUGGAUUAUCCGCGGACGUGGGCCGCUAUCUGGGCAAGAUGUCAACGGUGUCUCAGAUGGACGAUUUCGCUACGAUGAAGGCGAACAUGAUCUCUUUGUGUGAUGCUUUGAGCUCGCCAUCCUCACAAUUCGAAGUAGCUGACGCUGGCCGGUCCAGCGCUCAUCUGGACCGAAAUCUCUGGGUGGAAUGGUUUAUUCACCAGGAGAAGGCCCGCAUGAAGGAGGUCCUCAGCAUGCACUGGCAGAAUAGCCGUCGCCCACCGGUCACCAAGACCUCGAAUUCCGGCAUGGGCGAUGGCAAGGAAGUCACAUCGGCCAUGCUUCUGAGUGAGAUCUUCGAAGGGAUCCGCAAGCGACCCUAUGGCGAGGACAGCGAGCCUCACGACGGAGUUGAGCUUGGUGUAUUCGUGAUCCGCCGAACCCAUUAA